AUGAGCCAAAAAGCAGCAUCAUCAACAGUCCCCAUCACGGUGACGGAGAUUGAGGAGAUCGCCAAAACCAGAUUGCCGAAGAAUGUCUACGACUACUAUGCAUGUGGUGCAGACGAGCAAAAGGCGCUAGCUAGAAACUCUUACAUGUUUGACAGACUUCUCAUCACACCACGCGUCAUGAUUGACGUGUCACACGUAGACACAAGCACUGCCGUUUUUGGCAAACGUUACCCCUUUCCAGUAGCCUUCGCUCCAAGCGCCAUGCAAAGGCUUUGUCAUCCUAGAGGAGAGCUUGAAGCUGCUGAGGCUGCAGCAAGCACUGGUCUCUCCAUGACACUCUCCUCUCAGUCCACGACCAGUCUCGAAGAUGUGGCAGAUGCAUGCAACAUCUCAAACCGUGACGGUCCCGACUUUUGGUUCCAGCUCUAUCUGACUCAAGAUCCCGAGUACAGUCGCAAGCUGAUCAAGCGUGCUGAGACAGCUGGAUAUACUGCCCUCGUGCUGACUGUGGACACUCCAAUCCUUGGCAACCGCAUCAACGAGAGAAAGACGCCUCUGGUUCUCCCUGAAGGCAUGCAGCUGGGUAACUACGCACCUCCCAAGCAGGGCAUCAAGGGACCAGCCACCGAGCGUGUCUAUUUGAAUGCCCAUACAGUCGAUGAGGCCAACGAGAUCAUCAACAAAGCAGGACCUACUAUGCACAGCUCAAGCCUUACCUGGCAGCAUACCAUCCCCUGGCUUCGCAAGGUGACUUCCAUGAAAAUCAUUCUGAAGGGAAUCAUGACUGCGGAGGAUGCCAAGCUAGCAGUCGAGCACGGUGCAGAUGCCAUCGUCGUUUCUAACCAUGGUGGCAGACAACUGGAUCUGGUCCCUGCUACCAUCGAGGUCCUCCCUGCAAUUGCUGAUGCCGUGGCUGGACGCAUCCCCGUCAUCUUCGAUGGAGGUAUUAGGCGUGGAAGUGAUGUGUUUAAGGCGAUUGCACUCGGCGCUGACCUUGUUCUCAUCGGUCGUCCUGUUCUUUGGGGCUUGAGCUACGACGGCAAGAAGGGGGUCGAGGCCGUGACCAACAUCCUCGAAAGAGAGCUCUCGCGCACAAUGACUCUUGCCGGCGUCAGAAACAUCAAGGAAAUUACUAAGGACAGCUUAGGUCUUGCUAAGAGAGACGGAUUUGGUAUCGCAAAGCUUUGA